AUGUCGAAACUCCAUUUACUCAAUCGCUCGGUUUCAACCACUCUCUAUGCUCUCGAAUUCCUGGUAUCCGCCCUCAUCCUAGGCAUCUUCUCAUACUUCCUCGCCAAACUAGCUGGUCGUGAUGGCGCCACAAUUCCACAGUGGGAGAAAGCGGUAGAAGGCAUGUCUGGAGCUGCCGUUUUAUACACCAUCUUUGCUGUCCUCCUCACCUGCUUCUUUGGGGGCAUCACCUUCCUUGCAUUCGUUGCAGUGGUGCUGGAUGUCUGCUUCUGUGCCUGCAUGGUGGCUAUUGCCAUACUCACGCGCGCUGGAUCCAAGACUUGUGGAAGUGUGAAUGACUCUCCCAUCGGACCGGGAAAUCACCUAUCCUGCCGCCUGCAAAAGGUUGUCUUUGCCGUUUCGAUUAUCGGAGCAUUUUUGUUUGCAAUCUCCGUCAUUUCUCAAAUCGCUUUGUCCCGGUCUCAUAAACGUGAAAAACGCUACGGUCCGAGCCCAUCCAACAAUUACACGUCUGGAUCAGGAAAACGGCGCCCAUGGCAAAGGAAGAAGAAGGCUGCUACUCGCGACACAGAGCUUGGCGCAGCUGGCCCCGGUGGCUUCAACAAUGAUCACAAACGGACAUCAGACAUGACAGGCACCACGGCGCCGGUCAAUGACCAAGUAUAUGGUGGGCCAACAACUAAAUACAGCGAGCCUACCAUACCCACGCACACACAUGCACCACAAACAACAGGAGUUCUCGGAUCGGGCAACAACAAGCCCAUCGUAGAGAUGGAUAAUGGACAGACUCAUGCGCUACCAAACCCAUACGCGCAGAAUGCUAAUCCAUAUGCAGAGGUGCACGGUGGUGGAUAUGUGCAUUGA